AUGCAACAAGAUAGCCUUCUGGCUUGGACCAAUGUAUAUGUAAUAAUAAACGAGCCUAAAUUACCACAGUCACCGUUGGCGGCGAUGGACAAAACUGCAGGUGGCUCUAGAGAUGAUCAUGCCGGGACUUGUCCUCGAGGUCACUGGAGACCGGCAGAGGAUGAAAAACUCCGGAAACUUGUUGAACAAUAUGGUGCCCAGAAUUGGAACUCAAUUUCCGAGAAGCUCCAAGGAAGAUCAGGAAAGAGUUGCAGGUUGAGGUGGUUUAAUCAACUUGACCCAAGAAUUAACCGAAGGCCGUUUACAGAAGAAGAAGAAGAAAUGCUUCUUGCAGCUCAUCGUAUACAUGGAAACAAAUGGGCACUCAUAUCCAGGCUCUUUCCAGGUAGAACUGAUAACGCUGUAAAGAAUCAUUGGCAUGUUAUUAUGGCAAGAAAGCAAAGAGAACAUUCCAAACUAACUGUUAAGAGAAGCUGCCAAGAUUCUCUUCCUCACUCCAACCCUCCCCCUAACAGUUUUCGACGAACGAAUUCAAAAACUCAUCAGGAUUAUAGCUCAAAAAUCCACGUUGAUCACAAUUUCGUACUCGGAAAUGCAACAAACAAAGAUCAUGUUUCCUCAGUCUCUCCCUCCAGUUCAUCCCCUUCAUGGACUAUCGCAAGAUGGGCCAUUUUAGCUGCUAAUAACUCAACUUUAGUUGAUUUACUUGGAAGAGAAAGUAGAAAAGCAUUUAGUUCUAGUUCUUUCCGUUGCACUAGUGGAAGCUUCAACAGUUCAGAACAAUUUCUCUACAAUUUCUAUUUAAAUUCUUCUGUAUGCGGCGGCUACAAAAGGGUUGGUGAACUUGGUGAUUCUAAUGGAACUGCUCAUGGGAUGACCAAGAUGGGGUUGGUGAGUUUUGGUGAUAAUUCGCAGCCGAAUGCAAAGAUCAUGAGGUCGACAUUUGAGCAACAGCAAGGAGAUCAUGCAAUUCAGAAGAAGGAUGUUCCCUUCAUUGAUUUUCUUGGUGUGGGGAUCUCUUCUUGA